AUGGUUUUUACUCUCAAAGACCUUUUCCAGAUUCAAGGCGCGCUGUAUAUCAUUCUUGUUAUUGGCUUCGUCCUUGCAAUUUUUAAGGUUUUUACUGCUCCAGAAGUUUGGCCAUUAUACGAAGUUAUCCGACUCUCAAGCUAUUCCGCAAUGGCCUAUAAUAUUAUUGGCAAUACCAAGCUUACAAUGGAGAAUUGGAAGCCGUAUUUCCCAAUUGCGAUUGCUCAAUUAAUCAUUUAUCUCCUGAUUGUUAUAGCAACAUUUGCAAUCAAGUCUAAAAGCAAGCUCACUGCAUACAUAAGAUUUGCAACUUCGUUCGCUUUUCAGGAAUCAACAGUUUUUAUUUAUCAAAUUUUAGAUGUUGUUUUCCCAACAAAGUAUAAAGUAAUUGCAGUCAUGUAUUUGAUCACUGAAGAGUUCAUUUAUCUUCCUAUCCUCAAGAUCCUCAUGUUUGUUUAUUCUCACACCCCUAAAGAACAAGAUGAUCAGGAAGAGCCACAACAAGAAGAGGAAGAGGAUUCACUUCAGGAAUAA